AUGGGGGAUCGGGGAGCGACGGGGGGCGCUUGGGGUGCGCGCGACGAUGCCUCGUGGUGGUCAGGAGGCUCAGGUGAAAUACAGCACCAACAACAGAUUAAUGAAGACAUAGCAAGAAGUACUGCAGCUGCAACUCAGCAAUUAUACACAUACAAAAUGACUGGAGGCUUUUCAAACACUAGCGGAGACAAUUCCACCCCUAAUUUUGAUUAUCGAUUAAUAAAUAAUUCAAAUACACGAGAUGAAUCGCCACAACAAACAUGGUGGUACGCUUCAGGAUCAGUUGAAAACCAACAGACCUCAUCACCUACGUCUCAAAAUCAGUCGACUUCUGAUUCUGAACAAAGUAACCAACAAGCAAAUGGUAUUCAACAAAGCCAUCAAGUAUUACAACAACAACAGCAGCAGCAAGCUCAAAAAGAUCAGCAAAGUCAAAUUCAACAGCAACAAAAUCAGUUACAACAACAAUUAGAACAACACCAGAACUUACAGCAAGCUAUUCAGCAGGCUCAAAAUUUACAACAAUCAUUACAUCAGAACCAGCAACAGACAUUGCAACAAAUGUUGCAACAACAGCAACAACAACAAUUGCAACAGCUCCAACAACAACAGCAGCAGCAACAACAACAGCAACAACCACAACAGCAGAUAAAAAUUGAACAAGCCAACAAUCAACAGAACAUAAUACAAGUGACACAAGCUCAAGCUCAGGCUCUGGUUGCACAAGCUGCAUUGCAACAGCAAGUAGUCCAAACAUUGCAUCAACAGCAGCAAAGCUUACAAGAACAUUUACAGGCUGUCCAACAACAACAAAUUCAAGCUGCUUUGCAAAGGCAGUCGGCGACAUUGCAGGAAUUGCAGCAACAAGCCCAACAGCAGGCGUUGAUCUCACAAAAUACACCUAAAACCAGAAUGCCAAGGUCAAAACCGCCAAACAAGCCAAGGGGAAGGAUGACAGCAUAUGCUUUCUUUGUACAGUCAUGCCGUGAGGAACACAAGAAAAAGUAUCCUGAUGAAAAUGUUGUAUUUGCCGCAUUCUCAAAGAAAUGUGCUGAAAGGUGGAGUACAAUGUCAGAGAAAGAGAAGAUGAGGUUCCACGAAAUGGCGGACCAAGACAAGAAGAGGUACGACUUAGAGAUGAAGGACUACGUACCGCCGAAGUUUACGAAAGUGCGCGGGCGCAAGCGUCAGCAACCGAAGGAUCCAAACGCACCGAAGCGAUCGCUAUCUGCCUUCUUCUGGUUCUGCAACGAUGAAAGAUCAAAGGUCAAGGCAAAAAAUCCAGAAUACACGAUGGGUGACAUCGCAAAGGAGCUGGGCCGUCGGUGGGCGGCAGCCGACUCCGAUACUAAGACGAAGUAUGAAUCCUUAAGCGAGACGGACAAGGCCAGAUAUGAUAGGGAAAUGACAGCAUACAAAAAGGGUUCACUGGUAUUGGGGAUUCAGCCGCAGCAGAUUAUGGUCGAACCGGACGACGAAGAGGUUGAGUACAAUGGUGAUGAUGAGUACAAGUGA